AUGAACUGUAUCGAGGGAGUGCUAAAUAAAGGCCUACAACCAUCAGCGAAGAGCGCAUUCUCGCUGAAUGCGUUCUGUUCAGAACGAUUGAAGGAAAUCGCUGAGAAGGCUGGUGAGCAGGAGAAUAAUCCCGGUGGAUCACAGGAAAAGAAUCAAAAGAGAUCAUUGCCACCCGACGAGACUGAUGAUGAGCAUGUGGUCAGUGCAUUCACGGCUACCACAGGGAUAGCGCCACCAAGGAACAGCCUCGUGUCCCAAAUGGCUAUGGCUAUGCAACAUCAGCAUCAACCGCCAACGUCAUCCCUUCAGAAUAUGUGGAUGCAGCCCUCUGUCCUAUCAGCGAUGCAGGACUACUAUACCCAAAUGUCCCAGUAUCCCAACUUAUCACAGCUGAACAACAGUGCUACAGCAGCACUAUUAGGGCUGGGAGCAGCAGUACCUACACCGUCUCCGGGACUUUUUGCUGGAUUACAGAAAAAUGACGAGCCAUCGGCCUUCACACCGAAUCCAGUACGUCCCGCUUCUGCAAUUCGAAGGCGUCUUUCUCCGGAAGAUGCACCACCGAAGAAAAACCCACGUACAGAGGAUGAAAGCGAACAACUGAUCGUCGUCGAUGAUGGUGACCUCGCCGAACCGGCUGCUCGACGCCAGAUAAACGUGAAAAAAGAACGUUGCACGUUCUGCAGUAAGGUGGGCAACCCUUCCACUUUUUCCAUCACCACUGAACUGUAGUU